GACAGACACGUGUUUUAUCUUCAUUUCGUAAUCGAAUAUUAUCUCGGGAUAAAAAUAGUUGAUAUUUAGUAAUUCGGACAUUUUAUUUCAGAUGAAGCGAUGGUUACUUUGCGUUGCAGUGACCGCGUUAUUUCGUCACAAAUAACCGGACGGAUGAAGGGAUCAAUAAAUUAAAAGUUGGAAAAGAAAACUUCGAACAAGUGUUUGCGCGCGAGUACAGGUGAAUGUUUUCGAAGGGCGAAACUUUAUUUUGGUGAUAAAACAGCGCUUCUUCGUCGCUUUCGGGAUGGAAUAGCGGGAUUUAAAUUUUGCUCGUUUUCCAACAUUCCAAGCAUUUUCCAAGUUUUAUUAGAUGACGAUUGAACGAAACACGAUGGGCAGUGUGGACGAACUCAAAGAGAUGGUGGUCAAGCAAGAGGAGGCUAUCAAUAAAAUGAACGCUCUUCUAAUUGAAAAAGAAGAGGAGAUUAGACAGUUGAAAAGUUUGCUGGAUAAAUAUCAGUCCGUUUUUCCUGUGAUGUCACCAAAUAGGUACAGCAGAAGUGCACGAAGGAAAGAGAGAGCCCAAGGUAUUUCAGCCGAACCUCAGUCGCUAAGAACUAUUCAAGAGCUUAUACAGUCAAAGUUCCCGGAAUACCCUAAAUCAGACAGAUCCAAAGACUUGAUACAGAAGGCUAUUCUUGACAAUGACUUCAUGAAAAAUUUAGAGGGAAUUCAAAUAAAAGAAAUAACAGAUUGCAUGUGCCCUGUGGAAUAUGCUAAAGACAGCCUAAUUAUUAAAGAAGGAGACUAUGGCUCAGUUGUGUAUGUCAUGGAAGAGGGUAAGGUUGAAGUUUCAAAAGAAGGAAAAUUUCUAUGCAACCUUGGACCUGGUAAAGUUUUUGGUGAAUUAGCAAUUUUGUACAACUGCACCAGGACUGCAACAGUGAAAGCUGUUAUGGAUUGCAAACUAUGGGCAAUAGAAAGACAAUGUUUCCAAACCAUAAUGAUGAGGACUGGUCUUGUUCGACAAGCAGAAUACACAGACUUCUUAAAGAGUGUCCCAACAUUUAGAAAUCUUAAUGAGGAAUUCUUAAUAAAAAUUGCGGAUGUUUUAGAAGAGACAACGUAUAAUGAAGGUGAUUACAUUAUUCGACAAGGUGCAAGAGGCGAUACAUUUUUCAUUAUCAGUAAAGGAAAGGUGAAAGUUACUAUGAAAGAUGCAGGCUCUGAAGAAGAAAAGUUUAUUCGGUAUUUACAAAGAGGAGACUUUUUUGGGGAGAAAGCCUUGCAAGGUGAAGAUGUUAGGACAGCCAAUAUUAUUUCAGAUGAUCCAGAUGGUGUUAUGUGCUUAGUGAUUGAUAGAGAGUCUUUCAACCAAUUAAUUAGCAACAUAAAUGAAAUUAAGGACAAGAAUUAUGAUGAAAUGGUUCCAGUGAAGAGAAGAGUGGAUGAAGAAUUUUUGAAAUUGAAACUUUCAGAUCUGCGUGUAGUAGUUACUUUAGGUGUCGGUGGCUUUGGCAGAGUUGAAUUGGUUCAAAUUGCUAAUGAUCCAGUUAAAGCUUUUGCUUUGAAAGUGAUGAAGAAAGCCCAAAUUGUAGAAACCAGACAACAGCAACAUAUUAUGUCUGAAAAAAAUAUCAUGGAAGAAGUUGACUGUGAUUUUAUUGUCAAAUUAUAUCGUACUUUUAAGGAUAGAAAAUAUUUGUACAUGCUAAUGGAGUGCUGCUUGGGUGGUGAAUUGUGGACAAUUCUAAGAGACAAAGGUAAUUUUGAUGAUAACACAACACGCUUUUACACGGCCUGUGUUGUUGAAGCGUUCGCUUAUUUGCAUGCAAGGAACAUUAUUUACAGAGAUUUGAAACCAGAAAACAUGAUUCUUGACACCCAAGGAUAUGUUAAGCUGGUGGAUUUUGGUUUUGCAAAAAAGCUCCAAAAUGGCCGAAAAACAUGGACUUUUUGUGGAACUCCAGAAUACGUUGCUCCUGAAAUAAUAUUAAACAGAGGUCAUGACAUUUCAGCUGAUUAUUGGUCUCUUGGAGUCCUAAUGUUUGAGCUUUUGACAGGAACGCCACCAUUCACAGGACCUGAUCCAAUGAAAACAUAUAAUAUUAUUUUAAAAGGUAUAGAUGCAAUUGAAUUUCCUAGGAUAAUUUCUAGAAAUGCAAUGGCUCUAAUAAAGAAACUAUGCAGAGAUAAUCCAGCCGAAAGGAUAGGGUAUCAAAAAGGAGGAAUACAAGACAUUCAAAAACACAAAUGGUUUGAUGGUUUCUACUAUGAUGGACUGAGAACACGAACAUUGGUUCCUCCUAUUAUUCCUCAAGUGCGAAGUCCAAUUGAUUAUUCUAACUUUGACCGAUAUCCCCCUGAUACAGACCCUCUUCCACCCGACGAUUUAUCUGGUUGGGAUACUGAAUUUUAAAUGAACAUUUUAUAGAACUUUAUAAAUAUUUAAUGAAGAGGAUGAAAUAAAUUCAGUCAACUGAAGUGCCAUAUUGGCGCGGAUCACAAGAUUUUUACUGUAUUGUCCUUUUCUUAUGAUGGAACUUAGUUUUGAUUUUAAAGACUUUUACGGCGCAAUAUGUUGUGAAAUGAAAAAGAAGAAAAAAAACACAUGUAUGUAUUUGUAUACUUGAAUUUCCUGAGAAGUAGAUUAUAUUAUUAGGCGUUGUAAGGAAGCUCUUAAGUGAUUGUUUUGUGCAAUAACAUUUUGAUCUAAAUGAAUUUUAAUGCAAAUUUAUUGUCAUUAUGUUGUAUAUUUUUGUUGUCAUGAGGCUAUUAUGGGGGGCCAUAGCCACCCAACCCCCCCACCCUCAGUCAUGUUGGGAUGACUUAAAAGAGUUUUAAUAUUACUCUUUAAAAAAAAAUCCACUUUCCCAUGGCUAUAAUCCUAAAUCGGCUCAUGUCUGUAGAAAGAAUACUGUUGUUGUAUCUGGCUCUGAAUGGGUUUUAAAUACAUCAUGUCUGUAUAAAGAGGGAAACAAGUCAUAAAGAAAAAAGACUUAAGCCAGCUGUACUGUAUGAAAAAGUUGAGAUUUCGUUGUUGACAUUCUGCACCAAAUUAGGCCCACACCACAAUAAAAUUUUUGAAAUGUCCCCUCCACAACAAAAUUAUUUACUGUGGUUUGGCCCAUAUAUAUUUAUACAUGUAUAUUUGUUCCAUAUAUGUUUCUUUUGGACUAAAAUUUAUAGGUUUUUGAUACAUACACAUGUAUAUAUGGGUCCAGCCAUGGUAACAUUCGUUUUAAAUCUUCGGAUCAAUAAAUUUUAAAUUUCCUAGUGUCAAAUCAUGAUACGUUUGAUGAAUACGAAAUAAAAUGUAGAUCGGUUUGACUUUUGAAUUUUUUCUAGCCAAGUAGGAUCAAAAAUAGCCAAAAUGGCUAAUAUUAGCCAAGUCUGGCAACCCUGCUUUGAGCACACUUAUGGAAAAUUUAGUUUCUUGCUCUUCCAUGUAAAAUAUUUUUUAGAUUGAGUUGCUAAUGAAACAUAUUUAUUAAAAGCUUCUGUGAUUCAGUAAGCUUUAAAUGCUUAUUAAAAGUUCUGGUCUCUUGUACGUAGUUUUUAUUCAGCUUCAAAGCAAUAUUCUUUCCCUACUUGCAGAACCAUCUUGAGAUAUUGAAGUUAAGAACUACAGUGAAGCACCGUUUAUACGUUUCUCUUUUAUACGUUUUUAUCAAUUAUACGUUUUUUAAAUUGGUUCCUGCAGAGUCUAAUACACAUUAACCUAUACCUAUUGUACGUUUUUUUCAUUUGUACGCUUUUUUUCACAGUCCCAUCAAAAAAGUAUAAACGGUGGUUCACUGUAUUUGCGUAUGAACAAGCAUUUGACAUGUAACAAGCUUAGUCAAACAUGCAAUUUUUCUAGAAAAUUUGACUCACCCUCUUACAGUUCCCAACUUCAAAAUAGAAUUUUCUCAAUUUCAAACUUUCCUAACACCAAAAUCUUUUAUUUUAUGGCAAUUAUUGCUCUUCAGAUAAGUUUUUAACUAGAUGUUGUAAAAUAAGUAUUCAAAUUACCAAAUGGAAGACUCAAUUAUGCAUCUUCUAACAAAAAAAAAUAUUGCCAAACUUACCACCACAUGUUUAAUUGUACUUAAAUUUUGAAUGGAAACCUUUGUUUUAAAAUGCCAUUGAAGUUAUUUAUAAUUUAUUGUCUAGCCUAUUAUCUAAUUUUCUCACUGCAUUCAAUGCUUCAAGAUAUUUUUGUGUUGUAUAUUAAAUGCUAGAGCAUGCUUUUUACAAAUAUUCAAAAAAUCAUGCUUUUGAACACUUGUAUUCUUGUAAAAUAUGUUCUGAUAAAUCUUGUGCAAUGCUUCUAAAAAUUAAUGAACAUAAUAUUUCAAGGCAGCAUGUUAUGCUUUAGACUUAUAAAGUCAGUACAAUUGUUAGCACUCUUCAAAGCGUUGUUUUUAAUGAGUUAUUUGUUAAAAAUCUUUACACUGCCAUGUGCAUAUUAAAAAUUGUUUUGUUAGUUGAUAAUCUUGUAUGCUUUUGUAUCAAGUAGUAUUGUUUCAUUUUUCGUGAAGACUUAUUUUGCGCAAUCAGCAUUUAACUAAGGAAGUUGUGUAAAAUUUUGUUUUUCAUGUUAACCCAAGUUAAGAAACUUAGUGCUUUACAUUGAAUUUACCUCUUUUGUUCUAAAGCAUCCCAAUGUUGACAUUGGCAUAUUUAACAACAGCAAAAAGUAAUGUAUGUUUAGCAACAAGUUACUGUCUUUAAGCCAGGGCUAAGGCGCUCUCAGCUUCAAUAUGACAUCUGCCACCAGCUUGGUUAUUCACUAUUCCAGGCUAAUGAGCCCAUAACAAGGGUGAAACUGCUGUCUCUAAGUGUCAUAACUUGGCUGUCGGUAUAUUGCAUGGAAUAGUGCAUGUAGUUUUAGAUUCAAAAUACAUUUAUUUCCUUGAAAGCAAUUAAUUGUGCAUUAAGCUGUAAGUUUCCACACCUAAGGCAGAACUACAUGCAAUACACCAACGGCCCAGUUUUCCUGUCCAGAGACUACAGUUUUGUCCUUGUUAUGGACUCAUCAGUCUGGAAUAGGGAAUAACCAAGUUGAAGGCAGAUGUUGUUUCACUGGAGUUGAGAGCGCCAACAAACUGGUAGAUAAAGUAAAUCAUCCCGAAACCAUUGCCUUCAAUUUAGAGUUGAACUGCACCAUGUUUGCAAAUUCUCGCUGGUGAGAUAAAUUUACUUUAUCUAUCUGUUUGUUGGCACUCUCAGCUUUAAUGAGAUGACUUCUGCAUCCAGCUCAGUUACUGUCUACUAUUUCAAACUGAUGAGUCCAUAACAAGGGCGAAAGUGCAGUCUCUGGAUGGCGUAACUAAACUGUAAAACUAUUGCUCUUUACUGAAAUCAGGCCUAAAACUUGUGCACCAGAAAAAAAAAGAUUUUUUUUUGUGUGUGUUUUGUUUUUCUGUGUUUGCUGUAACCAGAGCUGCCAACUGCUACAAAAAAAUCAUAGUUGUUACGAACUGCAGCCUUGAACUACGACGCUACGAAAACAAGUCCAAAAGUUACAAUUUUCUUUCUUUUUUGUACCCUUAAAAAAAAUCAAUCAUUACAGAUACUGUAUGUAUUAUUAAUAAUUUAGGUAACAAUGCUUUAGUACUAACUAAUAUUCCAAAUUUUUGUUUAAAAAUAAACGAAAUGAAUUUAUCAUACUACUUCUUCAUUUGCCACUCUCUCUCUCUCUC